AUGCAGGCCAUCAGACAACUACGGCCGAGCGCCGCUGCUCUGCGCCAGAUCUCCCGACGAACCUACAGCUCCUCGACAUCGCCCUACUCCAAGACGAUCGAGAACCUGCGCAUUAACGGGGACACCAAGGUCAUCUACCAGGGCUUCACUGGAAAGCAGGGAACUUUCCACGCCCAACAAGCGAUCGAGUACGGUACCAUGGUUGUGGGAGGCACAAACCCCAAGAAGGCCGGUCAGGAGCAUCUCGGUCUACCUGUCUUUGGCAACGUCGGUGAUGCCGUGAAGGAGACUGGCGCAACUGCUACUGCCAUCUUCGUGCCGCCCCCGUUGGCUGCCGCCGGUAUCGAAGAAGCUAUCAAUGCCGAGAUCCCGCUCGUCGUCUGCAUCACCGAGGGUAUCCCGCAACAUGAUAUGGUCCGCAUUACCGACAUGCUCAAGACCCAGUCCAAGACCCGUCUCGUAGGCCCCAACUGCCCCGGUAUCAUCGCCCCUGGUCUAUGCAAGAUUGGUAUCAUGCCUGGCUUCAUCCACAAGCGUGGCCGUAUCGGUAUCGUCUCUCGUUCCGGUACCCUGACCUACGAAGCUGUCAAUCAAACGACUCAAACUGGUCUCGGUCAAUCUCUGGUCGUUGGUAUUGGUGGUGACCCCUUUAGCGGAACCAACUUCAUCGACUGCCUCAACGUAUUCCUCAAGGAUGAAGAGACCGACGGUAUCAUCAUGAUUGGUGAGAUCGGUGGAUCGGCCGAGGAGGAUGCUGCGGAUUUCCUCAAGGCAAACAACACCGUCAACGGUGGCAAGCCCGUGGUCAGCUUCAUUGCCGGUAUCAGCGCGCCCCCAGGACGGAGAAUGGGUCACGCCGGUGCUAUCGUGGCCGGCGGAAAGGGUGAUGCCAACUCCAAGAUCAAGGCCCUGGAGGCUGCCGGUGUCGUGGUUGAGCGGUCGCCUGCCGGUCUGGGACGUGCCAUGCGGGAGGCCUUUGUCAAGCGGGACUUGUUGUGA